GAGACAGUAGUGACCAAUCCUUAGUUAUCCAUCCAAAAUUUAAGAUAUUUUUAUUUUUAUUUAAUUUUCUUGAAAAUGGGAAAUCCGACGAGGCCCGAAGAAGAAAUCAGAUCGAAGAAAAGAUUAGCGCCGCCAAAUCGAAGAUUGGGAAGGUUUCUCAAAGAACAAAGAGGGAAGCUUUACAUUAUGCGGAGAUGCGUAGUCAUGCUCAUUUGUUGGCACGAUUGAUAUAUAUAUAUAUAUUAAUGCGAAGAAUUAAUGUAAUUGUAGUCGAGAUUGAUUAUUUGUCGGGUUUUUAAUUUAUACAUUCAACUACUGAUUUUUUGGCGAGAAUUAUCUUCUCCGCAUGUAUUGAUCUUACAUUGUUCGAACAAUGUUAAUGUCGCCAAAUAUGUAAAUAGUUGUUGAGGUUCUUGCAAUAAAUCAUCUCCUUGUACCUAUUACAUUAUAUUGUCUUACUAUGGUAAUUUAUACAAUU